ACCCGUAACCAAGGGAGCCAAGAAGACAGGGAGACAAUAAGGUAGAUUUCAUGGUAUAGAAGAAAAUACUACCCACAGUCGGCGACCGGGGACUUUGCUCAGUACCCUAAGCCAAUGGUAUUCCUUAGAAAAACGACGGAGUGAACAAAAGGAGAAGAGCGAAAGAAGGGUGAAUUCGAAAUGGUUUCCCUACUGCUGCCUCUCCUGCUGCGCCUGCUUACAUGUGCGAGCGUCGGGGGAGAGGCGCAGGACAGACCUCCUGCAGAUGGCUUGGCGAAGACCACUUCGGGAGAAGGGUUGGAGGGCCCAGGAGCGGCGGGGAUAUUCCUACAGACCAACAGCUCUCGACAUCUAGCCAUGGUCGGAACCACGGCCGUCCUGCACUGCCACACUGGAGACAUCGGCGAGAGCGUGGUGUCAUGGAUUAGGCGCAGGGACUACCACCUCCUCACCGUCGGCCAACACGCGUAUAGCAGUGACGAGCGAUUCCAGGUCCGCUAUGUCAAGCAGGACAAUGACUGGCAGCUUCACCUCCGCUACGUGCAGGUGCGGGAUGCAGGAGAGUACGAGUGUCAGGUGUCCUCGCAUCCUGCCACGAGCCUCUUCUCCACACUGCAAGUCGUCGAGCCGACGGCGGAGAUCCUCGGAGGCCCGGAGAAAUACAUCAGGCGGGGCAGCUCCCUCCGCCUCGUGUGUCUCCUCAGGCACUACGAGACUCCCCCGGACUACGUGUUCUGGUACAACGGCGAGAGGAAGAUGAUCAACUACGACCAGCAGGUGACGGUAGAAACCAACAGUACAUGCAGCGUCCUCACCAUUCAGGAUGUUCAGUUCUCAGACAACGGAAGGUACGCGUGUCACCCGGCCAACGCCCAGCCAGCCAGCAUCCUCAUCCACGUUCUGAAUGGCGGCGAGACCCCAGCUGCCAUCCACUCGCCGGCCGCCCGUGCCGCCCUUCCUCGCCAACCUCUCCCAUCAGGUGGUGGUGGUGAGGGACGCCCAGUACCGAAUACGGCGCAUGCGCACGUACCGGCAGGAGCCAUUGUCGCCGUGCCGUGAGAUAUGUCCUUCUGUGUGACGCCUGACCUUCUCCUUCCGCGUCACCCUGUAGGACCGAGCACCCCCUCUCCUUCUCCUGUACUCCGGGCGUCGUGAUGUGACGAGACCGAGUCACUUGCUCCUUAUAAAAAAAGAAGCCUGCAUUGCGCAGUGCCAUCAUGUGUGUAUGUCACGUGGUCCGCUGUUGUUCCUUUGCUGUGUGACUCCAUGCACUGUGGCAUAUGACAAUGUAUUUACACCUGCUCUGUGUGCUGUCAUCAAGUGUCACGCGGUCAUUACCUGCACCUGCCAUAAGAGAUAUUAAGGAACGUGUUAUGUGAUGGCCAGCUAUAUGGACCGUGUGUGAGAUUUCAUGUUUUAACCUCAUCAACUUUGCUGCAGUAAAGUGUGAUGACAUCGUAAGUGCACGAUACAUGUUGAACAGAUGUGCAUACGUUAUCAGGAUCCAUUACGGUCUCUCGGAAUUUAAGGCUUGAAGUCACGUGAUGGUGUUAAGAGUGUGUGACAGCGGAAAAGGAGGCCAGAAUGAGUGCACGUUCGUAAACUGCACUGAAUAGAGGCACGUUAUAGGGUAAAGUAUGUGGAAAGAAGUACACUAUUUUCUCCGAAUCAUAUAACGGUUGAAAAAAACGAUGUAUCGACUUAACAAAAAGAAAAACAAGUUCUGCAAAGUUGAUGUUCACAGCAAACUAAUGACAAUUCACUUCAAACACUACAAGUUUUUUUUUACUGCAGCAUCUCUUAGAAAUCCCGAGAAACGUCCCUGUGUAUCUCAAAGGGAGGAGAGGCUCACAUUUUCAAAACAUAUCUACUGUAAUAACAGUUAUGAUUCCCCCAAAAAACAAAAAACAAA